UUGAAAAUAUAAUGCGUGUGUUUUUUAAAAAUACUGUUAUUUAAGAAUUUAUAAUUUUUCAGGGUCUUUUGAUGAAACAAAUAGAAUGGGAUCCCGAUAGAAGUUUGGUAUCACCAACUACAUCGGAAAUCUUUUAAUAUAAUCAAAAUCAUGGGCAUAUUAAAACAUUCUUUUAUAUUAAAUUAUAAUGGCGUUCGAGUUAGAUGAUCUUUUAAAGGACGAUAAAAAAGAUGCUAAUUUAAUACCGGACUUAUGUAAAGCGACAUGUAACUCUCAAGAGGAAUUCAGACAAUUGUUGGAACAUUGUCCAGAAUUUAAAAUCAAAUCAGAAAAGGUAAAAAAAGAAGAUACCAAAGUACGUGAUAAGGAAUUUUCUUGGAAAACAACCAAAAAAGAAUUGAAAGCUAUUGAAAGAGAAUGGACAUAUGGAGAUCCUAUACCGCCCGAUAUGAAAAAUUUAAAUCUUCACGAAUUACAACAAGUUGCUAUCGAUUGGAGAAUGCUUACGCCGAUUAGACCGAAACUUCGCCAAGAUGAAGAGUUAUUUUCAAGAUUGGUAGAAAUGGGAAAGUUAGAAGCAAAAACUCGCAUGAAAGAACGACGUUCCUUUGUAAGUCCAAUAAGACGUAAUAAAAAUCGAGCUGGGAUUAUUGAAAGUAGCGUUAAAAUUUGCGGGAAAUGUGGCGAAGAAUAUUGUUUUGGUGAAACCUGCGGCGAUAUUUUGUAUGACUCAUACGUUCGAAUCGCUGUUCUGACUCAACAAUCUAAGACGAAGAUCUCUGCCGAUACAGAAGCCAUUAUCGCUAACAUGAAUUGUCCUAAAAAGCAGAAAAGGAAAAAACUUAAAACGAAAAGUAAAACACCCAGAAAAAGUGUAUGUUUGUUGAUUCACCAUAAAACAAGAAAGCUUACAAGUAAAAGCAUGGAAAAUAAAAAUAAUAAUAGGCGCGAGAGUGAUAUCGAAAAAUCUGUAAAACCCAUAAAACAAUUUAAAAGGAAAUGCACUAAAUAUCGGAAAAAAGUCUAAAAAAUUAUAAAGACAACAAAUAAUUUCCCAUAUAAAAGUUCUUCCAAGCUUUUCCUUGUCAUAUUUUUUUCUAUACAUUUGUUCAAGUUCAUUACAAAAAUUAACAGAAAUAUAAUUAAAUCAUAAAAAUAGAUUUAAUAUAUACUUCUAACGAUAGUAGUUAAAUAUGAAAACUUUAUAAAAGUAUACAGUAAUAUAAAUCAUACAUUUAGUAAAAACUAUAUACGAUCAUAAAAAGUUCAUAAGCCCCGUAUGUACAUACAUUUCCACAUUUAAUGCUAUUCAUGUGCUAAUAUUAUAUUUAAUAUAUGUAUAAUAACGUUUAUAAUUACUUCAAACUUUUGUUUAGAAACAAAUAAUAAAUUUCUAGGUGUAUGUAAUAAAAAAUAAAAUUGUAUUUAGUAAAAGAUUCGCAUUGAAAAUAAGUAAUUUCAAUGAUCUUAGAAUUUUCAUAGUUUCAAUUUACACCAGUAGCAUAAUUGCUUAAACACAAAGAUAUGAAUAAUAAAUUAUUAAUAUAUUAAAAAUCAUCAUUAUUAGUAAUUAUAUCAUUAUUAAAAAUCAUAUAUAUGAAAAUCAUUACUAUCGGUAUAAAUAUGUAAAUGCGCAUAAUAUCGCACAAUGAUACUGCAUAAAGGCAUAAUAAAAACCCAAUUAUAUGCUGGAAAAAUAUAAUUUUUAUUCAUUUAUCAUUAUCUGCCUCUUUGUUCUACUUCACAGUAACUCAUGUUCCUUGCGCAUUUUACGGAAGUAUCACAAACAAAACCACGAUUACAUUGGAGAAAUUUUCUGCUGCCAAAACAAAGGGCAUUCAAUAAGACUCCCUUUUUAUCACCAUAGAAAUAUAAGCUUAUCUUCAAAUUUUAAUAGAUAUAUUUGCCAUAUAGUUAAAUAUUCUUUUUUUUUUCGAACUAACAAUAAAAUACAAGAUUAGGAAGCAGAAUAUCUCUCUUAAAUUAUAAUUUUCCAUAGACUUCUUAUAAUAACAUUUCAUUAUUAUUUUAUUUAAUUGAUUGAUUUGAAUAUUAAAUCAAAAACUAGUGAUUAUUAAUCUAAUAUUUAAGUAAUAAACACGCACUUUACAUGACAUAUUUAUGCAUAUAUUUAUAUCGCUGCUAUAGCCAUAAUAAAAAUAGCUGUAACGAUAUAUUUGUAGCAAGUUUCCAGUUAUUAGAAUUUUAAAUAUAAUAUAAAUUAUAUAUUCUAGCGUUAUGUUGUUAAAAAAUCAUAUUAUGACCUACAACUCUUUUCUCUUUGCCUUAAAUAUACAUAUAAUUAAAUACGUAAAUUGUUUUUUUUUUAACUUUUUUAUAUUAAUUGAAAGUAAUAAAAAUACUAAGCAUACACUUAGAGCUCCUUUAUUUUUACAAUAAUUUUCUUUUUAAAAUGUCUUAUAACAAAGUUAUGAAACAUAUUCAUAAUCUCAUAAAAUUAUUUCUACAACUCAAAAAAAUGCAAGUUAUUUAUAAACUACUAUAAAAGCACUUAGUACUGCAAAAACAAUAUGAACAUGUGUAAAACAGUUGUUCAUAAAUAAAAUUUGGAAUGCUUAAACAGAUACCAAUUAAAUUCAUCGUCACGUUUUAUAUUAUAUCGAUGUAAACAUUUAGAUCUAGAUAUUAAAAACUAUCACUACAAUUUUAAAUGACGAUUGCACAUAUAAUUGUAAUCAGAAAAUUAUUUUUAAUAUACAUAUGUACAAUUUGAAUAUUAUCUUUUUAUUUACAGUAAUUAUAAUUUUAUUAAUAAAGUUGUUUAAAUUUUUUAAUUUUACUACAAGAAAAUUAUACAAAAAGAAUAUCCACAUAUGCACAAAGAGCAUUUAUUUUCUAUAUAUACUUUUGCCUGCAUUAUUUUAUAAUUUAAUUAUCUCAGAAUUUCAAACAAAAACCAUUUAAUGUAUGAUUUAUCAAUGUAACAUUUUUUAGUAAUUAAUGGAAAAUAUUUAAGUACAUUAAUAAUUAUUUUAUACAAACAAAGUAAAUAAAAAAAGUUACACACAGUUAGCAUUUACAACAGAAAUAUUAAGCAAAACAAAAAUGAAAUUACGAAAGCAAUUUAAAAAAAGCCAUAUUUAAUUGUGUAUACACUAUAUCAAAUAAUAGAACAAUGGUACUUCCAAAGAUCAUAAAAUAUAUAUUGUAGAUAAUACCAGUUCUUUUAUGAGAUUUACUCUUAGAAAAAUAUAACAUAGCUAUAUAUUUUUUGUUUGGCACGUUAAUUAGCUAUACACUGAUUAUAUGAUAUGAAAGAUUAAACAUUUAUCAAUACUAUAUAAAGAGAAACAUACUACAAUUUUUUUAUAUCUCAAUUAUAAAAAAUAUUAUGAUGAAAUUAUAAUAAUUCUUAUUAUACUACAGAAAAGAUCUUGUAAUUACUGAUAUUUUAAAAAACAUAAACAUGGAAAUAUUUUUCUAUUUCGUGUAUUCUAUUCUUAUAUUUACCAAAAAAAUAUAUAUAAUAAGGUAUCCUCUGCUAAACAUAAAGAACCAUUAAUGGUCCCAUUAUGCAUGU